ACACUUUCUUUCUCUCUCUCUAAAACAGAGAAUUCACAGUCGCAAACAGAGAGAUAAAAAGGAAAGACUCUUUCUUCAUUCUUCUCCUUAGAUUUCUCCCCCUCUCUCUUCACAAAAACAUUCUCUCUUCCAAUCUCCACAAUAGACGGAUUGAUUUACAUCUCUCGGAUUUUCUUUCCUCUUUUAAUAUCCCCCAUUUGUUUCUCUCUCUCACUCUAAAUUCCCAUUUUUAUUUUCUAGUACUCUGUUUUCUCUUCUUUCUUUAAACGAACAAGAACAAGGCUUCAAACAUGGCGGGUCUUACUGCAUCAUUAGAGCUUUCAUUCCAAAACUGUUCACUAUCUGGCGGUAGUUCUGAUGAGGAUGAUAGUGGGAUUGGUUUAUCUGCCACUUCUGAUGAUACGCCUCAAAAUCAUACUUCAAGUGGGAGUUUAGAACUUAAUUCACAUGUUUCACUUCCUUAUCAAUGGGAGCAAUGUCUUGAUUUAAAGACAGGGGAGAUAUAUUAUAUGAACUGGAUGAAUGGGAGAAGAGUAAAAGAAGAUCCAAGAAAGAUGUUUAAUGGUGGGAAUGGAGGUGACCAUUUGUUCCAUUAUCAUACUGAUAAUGAUAAUGAUGAAGACAGUUCAUACGAUAGCGACGAAGGAUCAUCAACAUCAUCUCCUUGUUCAUCAACAACUACUGAUAAUAGUAAAAGCAAUGGUUAUUAUACAAGUAACGAUCAUCAUCAUCAAGCUAAUGGGGAUGAUGAUGGUGAUGAUGAAGACCAAAUACUUGUUGUUGCUGGUUGCAAAUCAUGCCUAAUGUAUUUCAUGUUACCAAAAAGAGUUGAAGAAUGUCCAAAAUGUAAUGCUCUUCUUCUUCAUUUUGAUCAUCGUUCUGAUCAAAACAACAUCAUCAUCGAUUGAUCAUCAAUUUCUUUCUUUCUUUCUCUGUUUCCACAAUGUAGUUUGAUUUAAUCAAUGAAUUUCCACUUUGUUUA